AUGAAACGAGGAAGCCAUAGGCACUACAGCCCGUCUCACUACAGCCCGCCAAACUACAGCCCGUCUCACUACAGCCCGUCACACUACAGCCCGCCACACUACAGCCCGUCACACUACAGCCCGUCACACUACAGCCCGCCAAACUACAGCCCGCCAAACUACAGCCCGCCACACUACAGCCCGUCACACUACAGCCCGUCACACUACAGCCCGCCACACUACAGCCCGCCAAACUACAGCCCGCCACACUACAGCCCGUCUCACUACAGCCCGCCACACUACAGUCCGUCACACUUACAGCCCUCCACACUACAGCCCGUCACACUACAGCCCGUCUCACUACAGCCCGCCACACCACAGCCCGCCACACUACAGCCCGCCAAACUACAGCCCGCCACACUACAGCCCAUCUCACUACAGCCCGCCACACUACAGCUCAUCACACUACAGCCCGCCACACUACAGCCCGUAUCACUACAGCCCGUCACACUACAGCCCGCCACACUACAGCCCGUCACACUACAGCCCGCCACACUACAGCCCGCCACACUACAGCCCGCCACACUACAGCCUGUCUCACUACAGCCCGCUACACUACAGCCCGCCACACUACAGCCCGUCUCACUACAGUCUGUCACAAGCAGCAACAUACUACAGCCCGCCACACUACAGCCCGUCACACUACAGCCCGCCACACUACAGCCCGUCACACUACAGCCCGUGACACUACAGCCCGUCUCACUACAGCCCGUCUCACUACAGCCCGUCACACGACAGCCCGCCACACUACAGCCCGUCACACUACAGCCAGCCAAACUACAGCCCGCCAAACUACAGUCCGUCACACUACAGCCCGUCGCACUACAGCCCGCCACACUACAGCCCGUCACACUACAGCCCGCCACACUACAGCCCGCCACACUACAGCCCGCCACACUACAGCCCGUUACACUACAGCCCGUCACACUACAGCCCACCACACUACAGCCCGUCACACUACAGCCCGCCACACUACAGCCUGUCACACUACAGCCCGCCACACUACAGCCCGCCAAACUACAGCCCGUCACACUACAGCCCGCCACACUACAGCCCGCCACACUACAGCCCGUCUCACUACAGCCCGUCGCACUACAGCCCGUCGCACUACAGCCCGUCUCACUACAGCCCGCCAAACUACAGCCCAUCACACUACAGCCCGCCACACUACAGCCCGUCACACUACAGCCCGUCACACUACAGCCCGCCACACUACAGCCCGCCACACUACAGCCCGUCACACUACAGCCCGUCACACUACAGCCCGCCACACUACAGCCCGCCAAACUACAGCCCGCCACACUACAGCCCGUCUCACUACAGCCCGCCACACUACAGUCCCCCGUCUCACUACAGCCCGCCACACCACAGCCCGCCACACUACAGCCCGCCAAACUACAGCCCGCCACACUACAGCCCAUCUCACUACAGCCCGCCACACUACAGCCCAUCACACUACAGCCCGCCACACUACAGCCCGUAUCACUACAGCCCGUCACACUACAGCCCGCCACACUACAGCCCGUCACACUACAGCCCGCCACACUACAGCCCGCCACACUACAGCCCGCCACACUACAGCCUGUCUCACUACAGCCCGCUACACUACAGCCCGCCACACUACAGCCCGUCUCACUACAGUCCGUCACAAGCAGCAACACACUACAGCCCGCCACACUACAGCCCGUCACACUACAGCCCGCCACACUACAGCCCGUCACACUACAGCCCGUGACACUACAGCCCGUCUCACUACAGCCCGUCUCACUACAGCCCGUCACACGACAGCCCGCCACACUACAGCCCGCCACACUACAGCCCGCCAAACUACAGCCCGCCAAACUACAGCCCGUCACACUACAGCCCGUCACACUACAGCCCGUCACACUACAACCCGCCACAAUACAGCCCGUCACACUACAGCCCGCCACACUACAGCCCGCCACACUACAGCCCAUCACACUACAGCCCGUCACACUACAGCCCGUCACACUACAGCCCGCCACACUACAGCCUGUCACACGACAGCCCGUCACACUACAGCCCAUCAUUGUUUUUGGAGUGCGGAAGGUUAUCUGGACAAGAGGAAGUUCACCCUUUUUACAGAUCGUCGUCCGGUGA